AUGGAUUUACAAGCGAUUUGCUUGUCUUUCCUCAUGUGCAACUUUUUUGCUAUUGUAGGUUCACUAAAUGAUGAAGGUUCUGCUCUUUUAUCAUUCAAACAAUCGUUAGAAAACAACUCAAAUAGCCAUCUAUAUAACUGGAACUCUUACGACGAAAGUCCUUGUUCAUGGAAUGGAGUUACAUGCAGAGAAGAAAAGGUUAUCUCUCUCGCCAUUCCAAAUAGGAAACUCGUGGGGUUUAUUCCCGCCUCCCUUGGAAAGCUAACUUCACUUCGCCGUGUUAAUCUUCGGAACAACAAGAUCUAUGGAAGUUUGCCAGCCGAGUUAUUUGAUGCCGCAGAGCUAAAAAGCUUGGUCCUUUCAGGAAAUUCAUUAUCCGGGCCUAUUCCUCGAGAGAUAGGGAAGCUUAGGAACCUAAAAACAUUAGACCUUUCGCAGAACUCCUUCAAUGGUUCCAUACCUUCAUCUCUAGUUCAGUGCGGGAGAUUAAAGAAGCUUGUCCUGGGUCAAAACAGUUUAACUGGCUCUGUUCCAGAUGAAUUUGGAAAUAGUUUGAUAACUCUUCAGAGAGUCGAUCUUUCCUUCAACAAACUCAGCGGGCCCAUUCCUAGCACCAUGGGCAAUUUGUCAAGUUUAGAAGGAACACUCGAUCUGUCACACAAUUUUCUUAAUGGUCCUAUCCCAGCAAGCCUGGGGAGCCUACCUCCGAGAGUAUAUAUUGAUCUUAGUUACAACAAUCUUAGUGGACCAAUCCCACAAAUCGGUGCUCUGUCGAAUGUAGGACCAACAGCUUUCAUUGGCAACUCUUUGCUCUGUGGAACACCAUUAAAGAUUCCAUGUUCUUCAAGAAUUCCAGAUUUUCGAUCUAUAUUACCCUACCCUUCUCAAAAUCCAGGUGGUAGGUCUGGCAAGAAUGACGAAGGCAAAGACAAAUAUUCAAAUCGUGCUAUUUUGAUCUCAAUUAUUGCCAGUGUAGCGGGAAUCUGCCUUGUUUGGUUGCUGGUCUCCUAUCGGUGCAGAAGAACUUCUGCCGGUCAAGGUGGCGUACGUGUUGGUGGCUGCAGUUUUGAGAAAGCAUUGAUGGUUAGAAAAGAGUUUUUCUGCUUUGCAAAACAAGACCCAGAGACCUUAUCAGAAAACAUUGAGCAGUACAAGUUUGUGCAUCUGGAACAGCAGCCUAGUUUUAAUUUAGACCAACUUCUGAAAGCGUCCGCUUUCCUAUUGGGUAGGAGUGGAACUGGGAUUGUGUAUAAAGUUGUUCUUGAAAAUGGGCUUGCCUUAGCAGUGAGAAGAUUGGGAGAAGAUGGAGGCUCUCAGAGGUUUAGGGAGUUCCAAUCUGAAGUGGAAGCAAUUGGAAAAGUCAGACAUCCCAAUAUCGUGGCUCUUCGAGCUUAUUGCUGGUCUGUCGACGAGAAGCUGCUCAUCUAUGAUUAUAUACCCAAUGGUGAUCUCGCCACUGUAAUUCAUGGGAAAGCUGGAAUAGUGCCCUUCAAACCACUCUCAUGGCCUUUUCGAUUAAGAAUCAUGAAAGGAAUAGCAAGAGGUUUGGCUUAUCUUCAUGAAUUCAGUCCCAAAAGGUAUGUUCAUGGAAACUUGAGGCCUAGCAACAUACUACUUGGGCAGAUGAUGGAACCCCAUAUCUCAGACUUCGGACUUCGCCUACUCACUAAUAUAGACGGAGAAUCCCAAACAUAUGAAUUGGAACAAAUGAGUAAUGGAACAGGAACACCACAAAGCAGUUCUCCGUACGAAUUUCUGCCAACAAGUCCGACAGUAACAGCAAGGUCUAGCUAUCAAGCUCCUGAAGCGUCUAGACUCACCAAGCCAUCACAAAAGUGGGAUAUCUACUCAUAUGGAGUGAUUUUACUAGAGAUGAUUUCUGGAAAGUUUCCAAUGAUGAAGAUUGGUUGCCUGGAUAUGGAUCUGGUUCAAUGGAUUCAGCUCAGCAUUGAGGAUAGGAAGCCACUCUCCCAUGUCUUGGACCCCUUCAUGGGUCAUGAUUUAGACAAUGAGGAGGAGAUAGUAGCCAUAGUUAAAAUUGCUCUAGCAUGCGUUCAAAAGAGCCCUGAAAAGAGACCUUCUAUGAGGUACGUUUGCGAUAAUUUGGAAAGAUUGGCCUCAUCCACUUUAUUGAGAGACAAUACCGGAUAGCAUGUUUGUUCAUUGUCCUUAUGAAUUGCAGGCAGAAAACUUUGUGUCUCCACGAGUAGAUCUUUUUCUGGACAUGUAUUCUGCAACUACUGCCUUCUUUAUCGGACUUCUAACAUCCGUUUGCCUUACUUCAGUAGAAGUAAUUGACAGUUCUUUUCCUACUUA